UCGCAAGCAAUUGACAUUAUACGAUACAUAUUAAGUGCGGCAAGCGUUUUGUUAUUUCCAUUAAGUUUAUUGACUUAAAUUCCCAAAAAUGACUGCUGUGCCGCCGCCCGCUAACAUAUCCACACUUAUGCCAUUGGAACUGGUGGAUAAAUGCAUCGGUUCGCGGAUUCACAUCAUCAUGAAAAACGACAAGGAAAUGGUGGGCACUCUAUUGGGCUUUGAUGAUUUCGUCAACAUGUUGCUAGACGAUGUCACAGAGUACGAAAAUACGCCCGAUGGACGCCGAAUUACAAAGCUCGACCAGAUACUGCUAAACGGUAACAACAUUACAAUGUUGGUCCCUGGUGGCGAGCUUGCUGAAUAGCAAUAUAUUGCGCCAUGUAAACUUAUAAUAAACACACAUAAGAAAA